AUGAAAUGCUUGACUUCAUUUCUUUUGAUUGUUUUGUGGACGAAUUUAAUAAAUUCCAUUCCAUCUACGGAUGAAGACUAUCUGGAAGCAGUAAAAGAUGUUAAAUACCUUUUUGGUGAAGGAAGUGGACAAAUUGAACCGGAGGAACAGCCAAGGUCCAGUACACCAAGUGAAGAGUUGACUUCGAGUUUAGCAGCAACAGAAGAAGCUUCAUCAACUGAUGAUCUUGUUCAACUUUAUGCUGCAACUUCCUCUCCCGAAGAUCAAUCGACUUCUACAACAGAGGCUAUAUUGACUACAACUCCUGAGGAUCUAUCGAUGUACACAAAAGAGAAUCUUUUACGGAUACUUGGAAAUCGAUUUAAUGUUCUUCAAACUCAAUAUUUUGAAAAUCAGAAAGAAAUUUUAGACAAGAGCAAAAGCUCUAGAGAUAAGCAGAAAUUGUCGAGUUUUACAUUCAUAAACUUAUUCCAAAAUAGAUUUGACAAGAAAAUGAACGAAAUAAAAGAAAAUAUCGAACGUUUAGUGUCCAAAAGAUCAGAAAUUGAGACUUCAAUUCAAGAGUAUUUGAACGAAGAAGCUGAAAAUGCAGAAAGCUUAAAAGAACAAAAAAUAAUAUUACAAAAUUCCAAAGAUCAAGGCUGCAAUGAAUGCCACGGAUUCUUGGAUGAUGACGCAAUCGUUGAUGAGCUUAAAAACAUUGAUAACAAAUUGGCAAGAUUGGAAAAUAAAAACCGAGAAGAACCGAAUGAUGCAAAAGAAAUACAAGCAAUAAACAUAAAAUAUAAAGAACUGAUUGAUAUUUUUGAAAAGGAAGUUCAGGAGCGUAAAAAGAAAGAAGAUUUUAGCAUAAUCAAUAAUAUGAUUCAAGAAAAAUUGCGGAACUAUACAGAAGUCAUUGAACAGAACCUUAAAGAUGAAUUAAUAUCCAGGAAAGAUUUUGCCGAUAACUUCCUUGACCUUCAAAAGUUACAAUCAACACCGAUUGUUGAAUGUACAUCCAAACCAUUUGAGUGGAGAACUUAUGUGAAUGUAUCAGAUACAGAACAAAAUGGAGUUUUAGGUGGUAUAGACCUGGAUGGAUCUAAAGUCUAUGUUAUUCGUAGAAAAUCAGGGUCUGACUAUAAUUAUGGAAAAGUAGCAUUAAGGCCUUCCAAAAAUGAAGCUUAUAUCACUAGCGAUUCCUUAGAGAUUAAUGUUGAUGAUUAUGAACUCUUGAUAUCCAAUAACUAUCAAUGGCACAGCUCUGAAACUACAAAAAUUGCAGAAAGUACUAUUCCGAUUUGUAGAGCCAAGAAAGACAAUUUAUUUGUUCCUGGAAAAUUACUUAAAGACGGAAGAUGCAAAAUUGGCUUUGGAUUUGGUGUCUUGUACUAUGAUACAAAUAUUUAAAUUCUUAGCAUUACUGCUUGUAAGAAACUCGAUUCAAAAAAUGUUAAAAGUUGGUAUUAA